GAACCGUAAACCAAAACCUCUCUGCUUUCUCUCAUCAUCAAAAAUCAAAUCAAGAUCAUUUCAAGUUUUGAAGUUCGAUUUUGAACCCAAAAAGGAUGGCUCUUAUGAGGAGAUUCAACACUAUUCGUUCCCUUUAUCAAACCCUUGAACCUCAUCAAUCUUCUUCAUUCCUAAGCUUAAGAAGCAAUUCCAGUGGGAAUUCAAAUGUACCUCAAUCCUACGGCCAAGGUGUAAAUUCUUGCUUAUAUAAGACAGAGAAUAAGGCUUUUCCUUGGACUUGUAGAAACACUAUGACACUUCAUUCUACCAUGACUGCUGAAUUGUUGAUCUUUUUGAAUGACAAAAAGUCUUUAUCAACACAAGCAACCGCACAAGUACGAAAAGUGGGAGCUCAAAUUUCUAUGACUAGCCCUGGAUUUGUCUAUGAGCCUUAUGCACCUCGCGAAUGGAUCCCAUUUUGGAAGAGGUAUUUCACGAGAACUGGUUGGACAAGAACAAAAGAGGAUAUCAAGUCUGAGCUAAAGAGUGCCUAUGCCAUUGCUAAGUUGAGGAAAUCUGGAUACUCAAAAAAUCAUUUCUAUAAGGAGGCCGUACAACUAUAUAAAGAGAUGAACACUCUAAUAGCAAAUGGUGACAAGACAUCAUUACGAAAAGUUGUUACAGAGAAUAUGUUCUCUGCACUCAAAAAUGAAAUUAAGGAAUCUAUAUGGAGCAACCUUUACUGGGAGUUGGUUGAACCUGUUGUUAAAAUACGAACUUUGCGAGCCCGAAUGAUUGGUGUUGAUAAGAACGACCUUAAUAAAGCAUUUAUUCAACUUACUCUCGAGUUCCUGACUAAAGAGAAAUUCGAAGCAUAUGAUUCAAAAGGUGCUGUUGUUGCUGGGGAUAAAAAUAAGGAGGUUCUUGUCCGGUCCAUCUGGGUAUUCGAGAAAUCUCUCUUUCAUACCGGAGCUCACUGGCGUCUGUGUGGUCGAAUUAAAGUGUGAGCUGGUUAUAAUUUACUGCCUAAUUCAAACCCAUAAUUGGGAUGGCUAUGAUGACGAAUAAAUUGGCCUUACCCGAUUUUGUUUGCUGGGGCAUGUACAUUAAUUCUAUGGAUUUGGAUAGAUUCAAACUAUGGAGUGAUUUCUUGAAAGACUUAAAUAAAAUGACUAGCAGUUCACAGUUUAGUCGUUGCUGCCGAUUUCAGA